GUUUUAAAAAGUAAGUUACAAAAAAAAUAUUUUAACUGCUAAGUUUUCUUUGAAUAAUUUAUUUAAUGGUGUAUCUAAUGGAAAAUAGGAAACAUGAGAUAUGACGUCAGUGUGUAGAAUCAUCAUACUUCAUACACACUAACAGUUGUUUUAUUCUAAAAUUUGUGCAUUGUUUAUAGUUUGGCAUUUUCAAUAUUCAGCCGUUGGAGAUUUUUACCAGUUAAUAUAUUAUUGAGGACAGGUGGAUUCAAAUUAUCACACAAUUGCCGCCAUUCCUGUUUGAAAAGACUGAAGCUCGAUACAGAUAUAUCUAUGGAUUUGAGAAAUGAAAUUGCAAAUAGAGGGGAAAAUAGACGAGAAGUGAGAAACAUCCAACAAAAUAUUAAUUACGAUGCAGAUUCUGAAGAUGAUGAUGACGAUGAAGAUAAUGAAAAUAAUAAUAUAGAUGUAAAUGAAUAUGAUGAUGAAAGUGAAGACGAAGAUGAACCUGAAGCUGAAGAUCAAAAUGUUUAUGAUGAUGGGGAAGAGGUGGAAGACGAAGAAUAUCUAGAAGCGGAAGAUGAAGAUGAAGAUUUGGCAAAUGAAGAAGUAGAAAGAGGAAUAGUUAUUGAAGUAGAAGAAGAUGAAAUAUUACAAGAAGUAGAACAACGACAACAAGAUCAACAACAGCAGCAAGGACAAGUAAAUAAUGAUGAUAACGACGAUGAUGAUGAUGUGCAUGAUGAUAACAAUGAUGACGAAGAUGAUAUUGACUUGCAGACAGAUGAGGAAGUGGAAAGAGAUAAUCGUCCAGAAAGAACGUUAUUCCAAGGUCUUAGAAUCGUUGGAAUGAGAGCACCUUUAAGACACAAAGAAAAUAUAAGAGCGAUUGAUCAUUGUCUUAUUGCUUUAGCUCAAUCAAUUAAAAAUCAUUAUACUUAUGAAAGCCUAUUAAAUCAUUUAAAAUGGAUAAAAGAUUCAUUUCAAUUUAUUAAUAUUCCAACAUCAAAAAAAUCACUAUGGAAAAUGUUAGGUAGAAAUAAAUCGAAUCUAAUUUAUCGUUUGUACUGUGCGGCUUGUCACGAUAAAAUAGGUAAGAGCAAGAUAGUAGUUAAAAACUGCACUUGCCGCAAAUGUGGUCCUGAACUGGAUAGAACAAAUGUAGCAACAUUUAUACAAGUAAAAUUGUAUUCACAGUUGCGCGAUAUUUUAAGAAUACCCAACAUAGCAGAUAAGUUACAAUACAAACAGAGCAGAGUAAAACGGGACAUGCAUGCUAUAGAAGAUGUUUUUGAUGGUACAGGAUAUGUUGAUUUAAGUAGACGUGGAAAAUUUUUGCAUAAUAAUUUAAAUUUAACCUUAACAUUAUGGACAGAUGGAAUGAAAUUAACAAAGUCAUCUCGAGCAACUACAUAUCCAAUUGUAUUUCAAAUAAACGAGUUGUCUCCACAUGCUCGAAAGAAAUAUUCUGAAACCUAUCGUUUUAGAACUAGCUACUUUACACGACCAAGGAAUCGCUUGGACACCCAAUGGACAAAAUGAAUUAGUAAGCAAAGUUAUUGUAUCCAUUUUUACAGCUGAUUCGGUUGCAAGACCGAAAGUUUUGCGAAUGAAGAAAUACAAUGGAAAAUAUGGCUGUACAUUGUGCUAUGCUCCUGGUG